AUCAGUGCAAACGGUUGGCUAGAAUCCCGAUGAAAGAAAAUCAUAAUGGCGAGAUUCGUCAUAAUAAUUUUAAGUUUAACAGGUGUGAUGUCGAUACAAUUGCAGGAAGGCGAAACGAUUCAUGAGAACAACAUAGAUAAUUCGUUGAACCAGUGUUUAGGAGAUCAGAGGGUUGCAUCGGUCGGUGUUUGUUUUGGGAAGGAAUUAUUAACGAAACUAAAUAACUAUGAAGAAACUGAUUCUUUUAGUUUGGCGAACGGGAUUUCAUUUAUCCGCGAUGAGAAGACUCCGCGGGAAAUUGGUGCCUUUCUUGACAAAGAUCCUAUGGAUUUCCGGUCAAUAAUGGAAGACGCCAGCAGUUUAAUAUCAAAGCGAUCAUUACAUUGGGAUAUGGGUAUGGUGUAUCCAGGAUUAGUUAUGAGAAUUGGACCUACAUUAGCAAAUGGAGUUCUGGAAUUUGUAAUUGAUCCGAGAAAUAAAGAUAGAGCCUAUCAAGGACAGGGGGAAGUUUCUACGGGUCGGUUAUUGGCGCGAAAUCUUCUAGUGCCAUUUUUGCUUGGAAUAAAGUUUCAUAUAUCUACAUUAUUACCACUUCUGUUGGGUUUAGUUUUAUUAGCGAGUAAAAAGGCUUUCUUGCUAGCCAAGGUGGCGCUACUUGCAGUGACUUUGUUUAGUGGCGCUGGUACAGGUUAUGGUGGAAGUUAUUUUGGAGGCCUUAACAACUUUGCUGGACCAACCUUAUCUUCAUAUGUUACAUCACAUGAAAAUGUCGGUCAUUAUCACCCCGCUGCUCCCUCUGGAGGUUACUACAGACAUCCUCACCAUACGGAAUAUUUUUACAAAGAGCAUGACGACUCCACAACUGGGUCUCCAAUAACCCCAGACGAGCUUCGAGAUAGAUUAGAAAGAUUAUUUGUAACGAAAAAAGAUGAUCAGGACAAAAUACGAAACGGCCGGAAGUUUUCAUGGACCCCAAUGAAUGGGGGUUAGAUUUUAAUAUUUUUAUUAAAACACUAGUCACUUUGGAUGUUCUUGAUAUCAUUUGUGUCCAUUCGGUUUAAUUAAAUUCAUUAUUUUUAAGGAUUUUAUGUAGGAUGAUUUAUUUUCAUUUUAAUUAUGCGCACACUGUUUGUAAAUAUGAAUAAAUAAAAAUGAAUCGCAAUAUAUACGAAGACGGCCGGACCAAUUUAAAUUUGUUUUUAUUUAUUAUCACUGAUUAAUAUAGACUAUUUUAAUUUUAAGAAAAAAUAAGGAUUCCUACUCAAACUACAUUAAUGCUACCCAAUUGUAAAAAAAUGCCUAUAAAAUAUAUUUCAUCGCAUGUGCUGCGAAACUAUUGAAUUCAAAAUUAUUA